AUGGAGUCAAUCAAGAUUUUCCUUAAGAAUCCUCCAAAGGAUGACGAUUUGAACACAAGAGCAAAACAUAGGGAGGCCAGUUUUUAUACGCUGGUAGACGGUGAGUUAUACCGGCGGGGAAUUAUGUCUCCGAUGCUCAAAUGCAUUGACACAAGAGAUGCCCUGGGAAUAAUGACGAAAGUUCAUGAAGUAGCAAAAGCACAAAUGAAAUUUAUCAUUGUGGCGGUCGAUUAUUUCACCGAAUGGAUAGAAGCAGAAGCAGUGGCGGCUAUUAUAACCGCCAAGGUCAGGAAUUUUCUGUGGCGACGGAUUGUGUGCAGGUUUGGGGUCCCCAUGGCUUUGGUAAUGGACAAUGGAACCCAAUUUACAAGUAAUGUCACCAGGGAAUUUUGUGCGGAGAUGGGAAUUGAAAUACGAUUUGCAUCAGUAGAACAUCCGCAGACUAACGGACAGGCUGAAUCAGCCAACAAGGUUAUUUUGAAAGGCUUAAAGAAGAAGUUGGAUGAGGCGAAAGGUCUUUGA